GUCAAAAAUGAAACGAUAUCAUUUACUCAUUUUACUUUAUUGUCUUUUUAUUCUUUCAAAAAAAACUUACCAAGAAGGAGAAACAACAAUAAGCGAUGUCGAAGAUGCAGAUUCCCAUUUACAACAACAAUCAACAACCGAAGAUGAGCCAGAACCGCAAUCAAAAUCAUCAAACGAAGUAACUCUAAUUCAUUUUGGAAAUAUGAGAUUGAUUUUUGAUGACCUCAAAUUACCGAAAGACCAAGAAGGUACUUUGACGCGUUUACACGAUUUUUUGGAAACCGAGCGAUCGUUGAAAAAGAACGUUUAUCUUUUCAACGUUGGUAACUCAAACGUUGAAACGUUUCUACAUAAAGCUUUAAGUUUUCACAUAUUAUCUCAAAUAAUGAAUCUUUUAAAACCGGAUGCGACGACAGUCGGGGCAAAAUCUUUUAUGGGGGCCCACGAAGAAAUUUUCGAGUUUAUCAAAAAAUCGAAUCAAACUUUUUUGAGUUGCAACACAAAUAAUUUAACAAAUUUUUUACCAUACAAAAUUAUACAAUUAAAACACGACAACGACGUUAAUUUAGUUGUAAUCGGGUACAUUUCCAUGAUUAUUAACGAUUUAAAAAUACCAAUACUCGCGAGUGAUCCAAUAAAAUCGAUUAAAGAUACAUUAAAAAAAAUUGAUAAAGAAAAAAAGAUUAAAAAUAAAAUAAUCAUCAUUUUGGGGUGGUCGCACGACGACCUCGAAGAGAAAAUGGCCAAAGAAAUCCCAGAAAUCGAUUUAAUAAUCGGCGAAACAUCGGUGGUCGAAAAAUAUCCAAUCGAAAUUAAACAAAAAUCGAAAUCGACGUUUAUUUUGAAGACUUUUAAAAAAUAUUUGGGAGUUUUUAAUUUCACGAUAAAUAACGAAGGUAAAAUUGCAACAUUUAAAAGUGGUUUAACAAACAUGACGUUUCAUAACGAAAAUAGUAAGAAAUUAAGUCAAAUGUUAAAAGUUUUUAAGCCGGUUAUGGAUAAAUACGACGGCGAAAUCAUUGCAAAAGCAAGAGUUAAUUUCAAUCCGCAGUGUAAACGGUAUGAGUGCAAUUUGGGUAAUUUAAUAACGGAUGCUUUUGUUGAAUAUAAAGCUUCAAUUUACAAAGGGCCUUAUUGGACUGAUACCGCAAUAGCUAUUGUGAAUGCUGGAUCAAUUAUGGAAGGUAUAAAUUUAGAUAUGAAAAAUGGUGAAAUCACGCGAGCUGAUAUUAUGGAAGUUUUACCAAGAAAGGAAUAUUUAGUGAGUUUAACAAUAACGGGAGAAAAUUUAUAUAACAUUCUCGAGCAAGGUAUGAAAAAUUGGGAAACUCAGGACGACAAGGGUUCUUUUUUGCAAAUAUCCGGCUUGCAUAUAAUUUGUAAUAAAACGAUGCCACCCGGAAAUCGAAUUCAAUUUAUUCGAGCUCGUUGCGCUAAAUGCGUGGUGCCCUCUUAUGACCCCGUCGACCCCAAAGCCGAGUACAACAUCGUAACGAACGAAUUUUUAGCCAAAGGUGGUGAUGAUUACAAAUUGUUAAAAGAAGGUAAAAAUCACGUUUACGAAUCGAUAACGGAUGUUGACGCCGUGAUGCAAUAUAUACAAGAACAUAGAGUUAUCACGACAGAAGUUAAUGAGCGAAUAGGAUCGAUCGUUUUAUUAGAAGGAAAUUUUUAUCGCCCGAAUUGUUAUGUUGUUAUGAUUUUAUGUGUCAUCAUUUACUUCAUUUAAAGAGAAAUAAAAUUAUUUUGUAAUUC